CAAGGAGGGUGACAGGAAAAACAGAAGCCAUAGCAAGAGCAAGACCCUGUAAACUUCAUCAAAUGAGCCGUCAGCUACAGGUAUGACACACAGCAGAGGUGGAACUAUUUCCUUCAGACGCGUUUUCUCCGACUGAUCCGGCUGCAGCAUGGCUCUCCUCAUCCACAUGCUGGCCUGCGCCUUUGGCCUCGGCUCCUGGGUGGCAGUGAAUGGCCUGUGGGUGGAACUGCCGCUCAUCGUCAACACCCUCCCUGAAGGAUGGGAACUCCCCUCCUAUCUGACAGUCAUCAUCCAGCUGGCCAACCUGGGGCCUCUGUUGGUCACCGUCAUGCACAAGCUGUGCCCGGGUCGACUUAAGGAGCGCGUCGUCAUUUACUCCAUUCUCUCCAUCGGCAUCCUCUCCUGCAUCCUGCUCGCCUUCUUCUGGGACAGGACCACGAUUGUGGCCGGGGCAUCACAUAGCACGGCCUUCUUCAUCAUCACCUUCUUCCUCUCGCUGGUAGACUGCACUUCCUCAGUUACCUUCCUGCCUUUCAUGAUGCAACUUCCGGCAAAAUACAUCACCACAUAUUUUAUUGGAGAGGGGUUAAGUGGUUUCAUUCCGGGUGUUGUCGCUCUGGCACAAGGUGUGGGCAUGGCCAAAUGUGUCAACUCCUCUCAGGCUGGAGGAAACCACACUGGCGGGAACAUGUGGUCAUUACACACAGAAUAUCUUCCGCCAAACUUUUCCACCGAAGUGUUCUUUUUCUUCCUGGCAGCCAUGAUGUGCAUAAGUUUGGCUGCUUUUGUUGCACUGAACAGGCUUCCUCGGACCUUUGAGCUGUCCACCGAAAACCUUGUGCCGGAUACCGUGGCAUCUGUCAGCUCCGGCCUCGACAACCCCGGAGCAGAGACUGAGGGAGGUUCUGAUAAAAAACAGGGUAAAGGGGCAGCUGAAAGAAGGCCACUGCUGGCAAAACACUCUGUGUACCAGCUGACCUUCAUCUAUUUUUUGGUGGUGUGGGUUAAUUCUGCGACAAACGGUGUGCUGCCCUCAGUGCAGACGUACUCCUGUAUGCCGUACGGGAACCUGGCCUAUCACCUCUCUGCUGCUCUGGCGUCAGUGGCUAACCCAGUGGCCUGCACUAUUGCAAUGUUCUUCCAAAACAGGUCACUGGUUUUUCUUGGAGUGCUGCUGGUGUUGGGGACGGGAUUUGGCAGCUAUAACAUGGCCAUGGCAGCUAUGAGUCCGUGUCCUUUGCUUCGAGGGUCAGCAGCGGGAGAGGCGAUCAUUGUGCUGUCGUGGCUCCUCUUCACUGGAACGCUGUCUUAUGUCAAAGUGAUGGUGGGCGUCAUCCUGCGAGACCGGAGCCACAAUGCUCUGGUCUGGUGUGGAGCUGCACAACAGAUUGGCUCACUGGUUGGCUCUGUCAUCAUGUUCCCGCUGGUUAACGUACUCCAGCUGUUUAAGUCAGGAGACUUCUGCAAUACUGAAUGUCCGUCAUGAGUCUGAGACCCACAGUCCUGAGGAGGAGCUACAGUCUCUCAUUUCAAGGAAUAGAUUGACGUGUUGGGCAGUGUGGUCUUUUGAUUUCUUGCUGAGAGUUAGAUGUUGAAUUAUCUUAUUUUGCCACAGCUGGCGUAGCUGGCUUCUGGUCUUAGAAGAAGAUGUAAAUAAGGCUUAUGUUUAAUGUGUAGCAUUACCUUACACUUUAAAAACACCUAAAAGCACUUGACAAUAUGGAUGUUUAUAAUUUUUCCAAAAAUGAACAUUUACAUGGGUAAUGUCUGAUGGUUGGAAGAUGCACUUGGUUGAGAUUCACUGGCAUUUUGUAACUUUACUGCAAAUGUAACAUAAGUUUGAGCUAGUUCUCGCUUGGCUUGGAAGCAUAACAUCAUCCUUCAUCAGUCAAACUAUCUGCCUUUUCAUUAAACCUGUAGAGUGAUGGUGUUUUUAUUAUUAUUUUAAUGCCUGUGCUGGUUUAGUCAUAUUGUGAACACUUUCUCCAAUACGAUAGCUAUAUAAUUGAAAUAAAACACGUACAAAAUUAUCUGCUUCACUUAAAUAGUGCUUAAGUCACAUGCUAAAAGUAAAAUAUAAUUGAAUGAAUGUAACACUAAAAAACUUAGAAUUGAACUGUAUACAACUGAAGCCGAAACAAGUUCUCUGGUGGUAAAAGUCUGUGUAGCAAGUUUAAUGUCAGCAAAGUUGCUAUGAAGCCCUACAAGUUGGUUUUGUGAAUGUUUGGGUGCGUUGCAUUGUUGGACACAGUCGGUGAGGUCCAAUCCAUAAUGGAGUGUUCUUUUUAGAACAAAUCAGUACAUACUGCUAGUAUAGCAGGUAUUUUUAAACACAGCCAAUAAGAAAGGAGGAGUCUGACUUUGUCCGAAGCACAACAAUAACAUACUAACGAAUGUGCUACAUCUUGCGCUAAUUCGAGCACAAACUGAAAUAUAAAUACGACAAGUUGUGCUUUUUGGAGAGUUUUGUGCUAAAGUGAUUUCUUGACAAUCCCUAAAAGUGUGUUAAAAGCACAGAACUCCUCACAACAUCACAACUUGUCGCAUUGCACAUUGUUUUUUGUAGUGAGUAAACAAACAUAACUUAGUGAGCAAUGUACAAAGGUAAUUUUGUUUCCUCAACUUUGGAUAGAGAACCGACUCCUUGCUUCAGAUUCAGCGUACAUGAAUGAGACUGAUAUCAAUUUUCUCAUCCUUUGCAUUUACUGUCUUUCCAAUGCAGCAUCUCAAAUUUUGUCUAUGUUUGUACAAUUUAACCCUCGAUAAGAAAGCUAUAACUUGUAAAAAAUAAAUAAUCAAAUAAAAAACAAGAAGUUUCA